AUGGAUCAAAUGGAUGAAAUGGACCACCCCUCGACAAUGAAAGCCUGGCUCUACACCAGCACCACCGGAGGCCUCGAGAAAAACCUCGAGCUCAGCACCUCCGCCCGCACCCCGGGCCCACCCGGCCACGACCAACUGCUCAUCAAAGUCAUCUCAGCUUCCAUCAACCCAGCCGACUACAAAGUCCCCGAAAUGCCCAUCGCAUCCCGAUUUUUUGUUACCCACCCCGCCACCCCGGGAAUGGACUUUUGCGGGAAGGUAGUAACCGCCGGCCCCGGCGUGACGGCCUUCCAACCCGGCCAGCUCGUCUACGGGACCACCGCUGCGCCUACGCAGUUCGGUUCGCUGGGUGAGUACCUCCUCUGCAAGACAGGGAAUGUAGCUCUCCUGCCAGACGGGGUCGCACCCGACCAUGCAGCCACCGUAGGCGUCGCCGCGCAGACGGCGUACCAGUCUAUCGCGCCGUAUGUCUCCCCAGGGGAUAGGGUGUUCAUCAACGGGGGUUCAGGCGGGUGCGGGAUCUUUGCGAUCCAGAUUGCCAAGGCGCUGGGGUGUACCGUGACGACGACGUGUUCCACGCGCAAUGUCCAGUUCUGCAAGGAUCUGGGCGCCGAUGAGGUGAUUGACUAUACCCAGGAGGAUGUGCUGGGUGUCCUCUGUGCCCGCGGGCAGGUGUAUGCGCAUGUUGUUGACCAUAUUGGGCUGCCGGACGGGCUGUAUGCGCAGUCGCAUUCGUUCUUGCUUCCUGGGAAGGCGUUUGUGCAGGUUGGUGCGGUGUCGAUGCUUACGUUUGUGCGGCGGGUGGUGUGGCCUGGGUUUUUGGGGGGUGGGAAGAGAAAGUAUGUGAUUUUCAUGCUGAAGAGUAAUAAGGAGGAUAUUAAGACGCUGGGGGAAUGGAUGCAGCAGGGGAAGUUGCGCGUGGAGGUCGACAGCACAUAUGAGCUGGAGGAUGCGGUCAAGGCGUUUGAGAAGUUGCGUUCGGGGAGGGCGAGGGGGAAGGUUAUCAUUCAUGUUUCUUCGGAGUCAAAGUAA